AUGUCCCUCGCCCGCUCCGCCGUGCGACCACUGCGCGCGGCGCCGACCCCGUCGUCCAGCCGCGCCGCGUCGUCGCGCGCAGCAAAGCCCACCGUGCCAUGGAAGUCGAAGACGCACACGCGCAAGGCGCCCGGGCUCCCCCUGCCGCUGCCAGCCAUCUUCCCGCAGCGCGUCGUGCUCUCCGACGGCUCAACGUUCACGAGCUACACGACCGCGCCGUCCCCGUCGAUCGUGCGCCUCGCGCGUGAUGUGACCAACAACCCCAUGUGGGCGCCCGGCACGGAGAAGGCCGGCGCGCAAGAGGACGACGAGGGCGCCGUCGGCCGCUUCCGCCGCCGCUUUGCCGGUGCCGACGCCGCCGCGGCCGCCACCGCUGGCGCCGACGCUGCGCCCCCCGCCCAGUCGUUCAAGGCCGACGACCUGUCCUGGAUGUCCGAGGGCGCCAAGGAGGAGAUUCUGUCCGACAAGGAGCGCGCGGGCCGCGCAAAGCCCAAGGGCAAGAAGAAGUAG